AUUCACAUGGGGAAAAGGCCUUAUGAGUGUAGAGAAUGUGGAAAGUUCUUUAGUCAAAGUUCUCAACUUAUUGUGCACCAGAGAAUUCACACUGGAGCCAAGCCUUAUGAGUGUAGUGAAUGUGGGAAAACCUUCACAACUAAAAGCAACCUUAUUCAGCACCAGAGAGUCCACAUGGGAGAGAAGCCUUAUGUAUUCAGUGACUGUGGGAAAUGCUUUAGGUACAUCUCCAGCCUCAUUAAACAUAGAAGAAUUCACACUGGGGAAAGGCCUUAUGAGUGUAGUGAAUGUGGAAAGUUCUUUAGGCUAAGCUCCCAUCUCAAAGUCCACCAGAGAAUUCACACUGGAGCAAAGAUUUAUGAGUGCAGUGAACAUGGGAAACAUUUUAGCCAAAACUCUACUCUCACUUUGCACCAUAGAGUUCACAUUGAAGCAAGGCCUUAUAAGUGCAGUGAAUGUGGAAAACGUUUUACCCAAAGCUCUACUCUCAUUAAGUACCUGGGUUCACACUGGAGGAAAACCAUAUGAGUGCACUGAAGGAGGAGAAUUCUUUAGCCAAAGCACCCAGUUUACUCAACACUGAAAAGUUCAGGUCAUAGAAAGGCCUCACCUGUGCAGCAAAUGUGGAAAGGUUUUCUGUCAAAGGUCUGUGCUGACUGACUGCCAGAAACUUCACAGCCCAUUUAGACCCUGUGAGUGCAGUGAAUGUAGGAAAGCUUUCACCCAGAGGGCUAACCUCAUUGGACACCAGAAAGUUCAUACUGGGGAAAGGCCUUCAAAUGAGAACAGCGAAUGAGCUGUCACCUUCAUUAAUACAUUAUCCUGAAUAGGCUCUGUGAAGGAGUCCUCCACUGGAAGUUGAUGCCAUCCAUCUGCACAGCCCUACUGGAGAUUGCCUAUGAGUACUAGGUUUGCAGGAAGCUUUUAAUUGAAGAGGCUACACUCUACUUUCUGACCUCCCAGGGCCAUUGCCAGACUAAUGUCAGUGUGCGUUUCUUGCCUCUACAAAGUGGCAGAUCCCAAUAUUGGGCAUCAGUUACCUGUUUUCAGUGUAGAUAGAAUUUUGUGCUCUCCUAUCCCCUAAAAGGAAGCAUGAAUAGCCUGAGCACUUGGGUGUUGUCAUUCUCUUUGGUCCUGCCAAAUGCCUAGGACAGGACCUAAGCAGCUUUGACCAUGGUGAUUCAGUCCAGGUUCUCCUGGGGGCCUACAGAGUUUUACCUUCUUUGGUGGCAUUGUCUCAUGUCAUGCUCAGAAUGGAUUUUUCUGGGUCCAAGUCAUCCUCUUUGGGAACUAUCUCCCUCAGUUUCUCUUCUCUAUGCCAUAAUAAAGACUACUAUUUAAGCCAUCUUUCCUCUUGGGUUUGUUCACUGUCAGACUGGUGUUGAGAACCAAAUUGGACUGUUGGGAUGAAGAGGAACAAGUUUUGUGGGUGUUCCAAACUUUGUAUACCUCAGUGGGGAUAGUAUCAUCACAGAAAAUAGUUUUCACUGCAGUUUUGGUCUAAUUUGGAUUGUUGUCUGAGGCCUCCUGGGGUGGACUACAGGGCUCUGGGACUAAGGUUGAGUCCAGGGUAUCAGAAUUUCUGGUGCAUCCUGAGAUCACCCUGAGAUGAGAACCAGAUGUGAUUUUGGAGCAGCAUGAAUUGCUUUCUUUUUCUCAUGGGCUGUCACAUCAUGCCCCCAGUACUGUUCAAGAAAAGAAGUUUUCCAGGUCCAGCUAGAAAAGAGCCAUGUGCCAUAAUGUCCACAACACUGUAGGCUGGUGUUGCUGAGUGUUAGAUUACAGACAUCAGGUGGGAACCCUAUUUGGUACAGAAUCACUCAGGGAAUUAAUAGGGAGUGAGACACUAGCAAACAACAAGGAAUGAGCCUUUUCUAAAGCUGCAUCCACAAAUGUUCCUGUAACUGGCUGUUUAGGAUAAGGUUUUUGCAAAAAUUUUCAGGAGCUACAGAGUGAUCUCUCUCCUCCUGAGCCCACAGUCACUGUCAGGCUGAAUAAUGUAAAGGUUUUGGAAUCCCGUAGCAUCUGCAAAUUGUUUAUCUCAAGGCCGUUGCUGCACAGUGAAAACAAUGGGGAAUGAGAGUGGAAAUCGAGUAGUCCAGGCAUGUGAUUUUUAGGACCCAGGCUGUUCCUGGAUAACUCAAGUGGAAACACCUGUCAUUGCUCACAAGUCUUCAUUGCCCCUGUGACAGAAUCCCUCCCAUGGACACGGAUAUUUGAUGGGGUUAAUGUGUGGUUGCCAGAGUUCUACAAAAAGGAGAUGUAGCAAGGAGAUUCAGGUUUUUUGUGAAGCCAAUUUCUAUUGAAAUUUAAUUUAACUGUACAAUUGGUAUGCACUGGCCAGAACAUAUCUAAAAUGCACUGCUUGGUAAGUUUUAAUACUUGUAAAGCCACAGAACUAUCAUCGUAACAUACAUCACUCCCAUAUCUACCUUCUGACAUCCCUCCUAGGACUUCCAGGCACUACUAUUGACUUAUGUCCCAUUCAAGUAGUGUUUUCUAGACUUUUAAUGUCAUUGGAGUCUUAAUGUUUACUUUUGUAUUUGUCUUUUUCUAUCUCCAUGCAUAGUUACUUUGAGAAUCAUCUAAGUUGCUGAUGUGAAUAAUUCUUUUUUUUUUCCUGGUAAAUAUACUUUUCGGAUAUACCAUUAUUUCACUGUUUAUCCAUUCAUCUGUUAAAUGAUGGGGGUUUUUGGUUUAUUUCCUGUUUCUCUCACAGAUAAGCUUACUGUGAACUUGUAUAUAAAAUUCUUUAUAUGAACAUAUAGUUUUAUAUUCUAAAAUGAGUGACUGUACCCAUAUGCAUUCCCAUCAACAGUAUGGGAGCAUUCCAGUUCCCCCAUAUUCCUCACCAGUACUUGUUCAGUAUGGUCAGUGUUUCGAAUAUUAGCUGUUUUAAAAGUGUUGAGACAUAUCUCACUAUGGUCUGAUUACAUUUCCCUACUAAUUCAUGAUAUUGAACAUUUUUUGUGUUCCUUUGCCAGGUGUAUGUCUUCUUUGACAAAAUGUCUGUUUUCUUAUUAGUA